UGCCCCCGCCCUUCGGCCUUGGAAUUAGAAGCCUAAACACCUGCUUUACAGAUUCUAUGUUCUCUACUUCUUGCUUGCUUGUUUGCUUGUUUCUUCAAUUAACAAACUCUGAGUAAAACCGUGUUCAUCACUCAUUGUUUCAAAAGUUAGGCACUUGGAAAUUUGUAACUGUGAUGAACUGGGUUUACCCUCCAUAUGAUUCAUUACACCCAAAAGACAAGUGGGUAACCAUUAAAGAUUAUUUUCUUUACUCUCAUCAUGCUUUUUUUUUUUUCUUUUUUCUGCUACUAGUACAGAAAUUAUAGUGGUUGUUACUGUUAUUAGUUAUUAUUAUUAUUAGGAAAAAAAUAUGUUAUGCACACACACAGGAAUUCUGUUUCUUCUGAACACAUUUUAUUUCAUAAUUUUACUUUUAUCUACAUCUUGUAUCUUUGGUGCGCGAAGCAAAAAAAGAAAAGCAAUAUCUUUUCUCUUUUCACUCAAAGCUUUGCCUCAUUUUAAACUUUGGAGACCAAUAUUGAACUUGGAAACCUGAGUCUUUGCUUUUAAGUUUUAAACUUUGGCCCCAUCUCCCAAACUCAUAGACCCAAAUGGAUCCUUGCUGGGGAAGGAGUGAAUUUUCCUGAUUUGUGGAUCAGAGAUAGAGUUUUUCCAUCCAUUCUGCAAUGCAAUGUGGAGUAACUUUACAAUGAUUAAUGAUGUACAAAAGAUGCAAGGGAAAUCAGUAGGUGAAACAAGAACUUAGUCAGGGUUGAACUGGAACCCAAUGUUUGAAGUUUGAAGUUUCUUUGUUCUUCUGGAAACAAGUUUUCAGGUUCAAGGGUGGAGGAAAUAUACUGUUGCUACAAGGCUAAGGCUUGCCCCAUAACAUAACUGGGUGCUUUUAUGGAUCUUGCCAAAGUGGUUUAUUCCCCCAAAGAGAUAGCUAACAUGACUGAACGGGAGAUUGAAUGAGAUGGGUUGCACAACAAAACUAGCUUUUGCUAUUAUGCAUUAAAUUGCUGCUUUCUUUCUUUUGAGUUCUGUCUGAGCAAGAAUAAAGCUAGUGGUGGGAAUGGGAUAAGACUGUUACUCUGUUAGAAUGAAAUUGUAAGUGGUCCUCUCUCUCUCUAGCUCUCUGUCCUAGUUCUGCUACUUUUUUUGCAAGGACCCACCAAACUCUGUAAACCUGUACAUCUGUUGCAAACUUGCAACCCUUCAAUCCCCCGCCCCCUCCUCGGCUAUUCUCUGUUGAACAAUAUUCAUCAUUGUAUAUUGAUGCCUUAACUAUCAAAUUGGCAGAGGAAGAGAUACAUUCGAGGAGUUGAGGAGCCACACUAGCAGACUCCUAGACUCUUGGUAACAUAGUUGGUACCAAAACAAAACAACCCAUCAUGAGCUGUUUUCAGAUGUUCUUCUGCUUAAUGGCGUUCAUCAUUCUAGUCUGCAACAUUGGACUACAUUCAGGUCCUUCAAAGGUGCUUCUGCAAACAGUUAAUGGAGACAACAACCAAUCGACAGCAUUAGUAUUACCAUCUUACUCGAACACUAGGAAGCUUUUAGUACAUGGGAGUUGUACAAACAGAGAUAUAAGCAUCUCACAGAGCAGAGAUUCAACGUCAGGGAUCCCUCAGUAUAUUGUUCAGAUUGUCAACACCUGUGUGUCUGGUUGUUUUCCUUCAAAUGUCCAUCUCCACUGUGGUUGGUUUGCUUCUGCAAGAAUAGUAAACCCAAGAAUUUUCAAGAGACUCUCCUACGACGAUUGCUUGGUGAAUGCUGGAAAACCUCUGAGAAGCGGCCAAAUUAUCCGUUUCACUUAUUCAAACUCCUUCAUGUACCCCCUCUCAUUCAAGUAUGCUAGGUUUUGCUAGGUUGAACAUCUUUGGCCAUGGCCGACGGAAAUGCCACCAAAAAGAAAAGAAUAAAGAGAGAAAAUAAGGGACCCAAUUCCACAAUGCAAAGGAAAUCAAAGCCAGAGAUGAGAGAGCCCAGAGUCCCAGACCCAUUUCAAGAGACCAACCACCCAAAUCCCCAAAACCCAAAAAGUCCAAGGCCUAAAAAGACGAGCAAGCACUGUCUGAGCUCUUUACAGGCCUAUUUAUAUAUAGAGAAGCUAAUAUAGAACCUAUGUGUCUCCUCCUCUGUUAACCUUGGAGCCAUGUUAAAGUCCUCUUUUGCUAUUACAAAUUUAUUGUUGACAUUAUUGUUUCACCAUCCAUAUAUUCGAGAAUUUCAUUAUUCACAGGUAUCUGAAAUUCCAAGUCAAAAGCUACUGUUUAAAUGACAGAAUGGCGCAUGAAUCAGACACUCUGUUGCUUUUGCAGUAUAUGCUGUGCAGACAGUCUUUCUGUCUUUCUGUUGGGGAGAGAGAGAGAGAGAGAGUUUCUAUUGUAUAUUUAUCAUAUGUUUCCUUCUCUAGAGUUGUAAAUGUCGGGUGUUUUGCCAAAGGAUCAUUUGAAGAUU